AUGAGCGCGCCGCACAAGACGUCCUCGUCAGCAAGGGGCCUCGAGCCCGGCCAUGCCGCCGAAGCCCGCCUCCGGGGCCCCUCCGAAGCAGACGGGGAGCUGGAUCUGCUUGCCGGGCUCUGGCAGGUGGCUCCAUUUGCUCGCCUUCCGGCCGAUGCGCCUGUCGAACUGAACGACUACGUCCAGCAUGUCGAGAAUCCCCGUCGCGUCUAUGCCAUCCAUCGAGCCAGUCGUCGUCACGACUUCCAGCAUCUCGUCGACAAAUACAUCUCCCAGCUGAGGACCGGCUGUGGUGCUUCGAAUUGCUCGACGGCUACCUGCUUUACCUGCCGCAAGCGUCUCGCUGGCAAGGCGCCCAUCCGCAGAUAUAAUCCCACUAGCGCCAGAACGCUGGCAGUGUACCUAGCCAGUCAAGACAAUCCAGAGGCCGGCCUCUGUCCACAUCUCGGCUCACCCAGAGAGAUACCCCCGGCCUUCAACAGCCUCAUCUUUUCCACCCGGCCUUCACCAUCCCAGCACAGCACCCGCAGGCCUCCUGAUAUCCAGACUGCACCUCGACGGAAACCAAGCACCGGGACUGCUACCAAGUCUCCCGUUUCCCCAACUACAACGAGAUCCCGCUCGCCAUCUUUGGAUAAGCAACACUUGGACAACCAACCUAGUGAAACCAAGAAUGGCGACGCUUCCACACGGCCUGGACAAUUACCGGCCUCCCAUAUUAGUGUGUCAGAGAAGGCAACACAAAAGGAUUAUAGGUCAUUUGCGGUGGCCACCUUUGGCACUGUCGCAUUCAAAAUGCUGGAAUGGCUUACACCGCAGGCAAUUGAAGCCAUGACGGAGAAGUUCUCCGAGCUGGGUGGCUUUCGACAGACUACCGAUAGUCCUGUUGUUAAUACCAAUGCUGCCGCCACUACUGCCGGUCCAACCAACACAGAGCAGGCUAUAAGCUCGCAGACACAUCAGGCCCAGGCGCAGCGAGCCGCACCUCCACCAGCCACACAUCCUAAGCGGAGCAAGACUUCAAAGCCGGCAAGGACUUCGAGCCAGGACGUAAUCGAACCACCAACACCAGUGAAAGAUGUAUCCUCCAGACCUAAGAGAAACUCCAAGCCGACUCUUCGUUCUUCUCCCUCCAAAUCAAACAACAGGAGGACCAUGGAUCCCGUUGCCAUUUCAGCAGGGACUGAAGAGGCUAAGCCAACCUCACGACCUCCCAGUUUAAAUGGUUUCUACCCCGACAAGCUGGCUCGCGCUGGUAAGACAUCGCCCGCCAUAAUUACUCGCGGCGUUCCCGAAAUACCAUCCAAGCCUGCCUUUUUCGAGAAUCUGUCUACUCCCACCCCUACUGCUACCACCGCCAACGAGGUAGAGGAUGUCGAAUCGGGGUCCUCUGAUACGGAGACUAUUGACGAGAGGGAGACGCCUAGUAGUACCCCUCCGGCUGUGAAGAAUGAGCAUCUCGACACUCGAACCAAGCCGAGACCUAUUUCACCAAUGCCCGAGGCAGAUUUCCCCUCGGCCAAGUCUCUAUUACCUCAAUCCUUGUCCACGCUAAACGUUGAACUUGUCGAUUUCAUAUGUGAUGUGUUUCAAGAGGACAAUACCUCUGAACGCCACUUUUUCGGGCCCUUGGAAUCUCACGCCUCGUAUCCCAUACCCCAGAAUUCGUCGAGAAAGCUGGCCAGACGGCGAUCGAUAUCCCGCUCCACCUCCCCCAGUCAAUGGAAGGCCUUCAAUGAACAGGCCCUCUUCACCGUCCUUAGUGACCCUCACUCCCUCGUUCAGUCCUUCUCCCGGGAUGGCAAGCUGUAUGACUCGCAGACGUUAUUCUACUGUAUGCUUCGGAUGACUCGUGCUGCGCCAACCCUGGUCCUUCACAGCCUUUGGAUGGCGGCAGAGUCCCUAUUCACGGCACCAAGGUCUUUUCAAGCCUCACAGUCUCGUCCCUCAAGGGCACUGCCACGAAGUCGGAAACCGCUGUCAGACUUCGAAGCCGGUUGCGUCGUGUCCGUCUGUCUACAUGCUCUCGUUGCGGUGGCACCCUUCGUCUCGGACUCUAAGACUCUGUAUGACAUGUCGCGCAUCCGAUCUACGGGAUUGACUCUGGGUGGCAACGGCCUCUCCGCAAGACAGCCGCAGUCCAUAUGCCUCGAGUAUGAGGAUGUCUUUUCAAACGACAACGCCAUCAGACUCGCACGCCGUGUCUUCUCUGCCGUGUCUGCUCGCCGAUCACUCGCUACUUUGAUGCGUAUGGAUGGCAAGACGAAAGCUGGCCAGUUGGACAUACUUCAGCCGCUGCUCAGCCAACUCGACCUUGUGCACUCGGGACCUCUCCGAGUUUUGGAAUUUCCACAGGCCGAACGACUGCUGCACGAGACCCGCGUCCCCACCCUAUUACUCGACUGGGCGAGGACGGUUCUCUAUCACGAAUGGGACGGAAAUCCCGAAAUUGUGUGCGCCGGUGCCUUUCACGGGGCGCUGUCUCUGAUUUCUACCAUGUACCAAAACAGGUCCAGACUCCUCCUGGGAGACAUUCAAUUCCGGGCAGACUAUUUCUCAGAACGCUUGGACACCAUGGAGAUGCCAGUGUCGUGGGCUGAAUCCAGGGCUCCCCGGAACAAGGGACACAUGCUCGACUACCCCUAUCUCUUCAGCCCAGAGUGUCUCGUCACGUUCUUCCGAUCCAUCAAUUUCGCAAAGAUGAGUCGGAUGUUUGAAGAGAGUAGUUCUCUCAAGACUAGGAUGAGCGCCAUUGUCGAUCCCGGUAGUCUUGUCGCCAAUCCUCAUCAUAAGAUUGUGCUACAAGAUAUGCUGAGAGUGGCAUCAUCCAAGUAUCUGGUCCUGGAUAUCGGCCGGGAAAAUGUGCUCAGAGAUGCCUUUGACCAGCUGUGGAGGCGAGAACGGCGCGAGCUUCUCCGUCCUCUCAAGGUCCACCUUGGCGAGCAGAGCGGAGAGGAAGGUUUUGAUUCGGGUGGCGUUCAGCAGGAAUUCUUCCGAGUAGCCAUUGCCGAGUGCAUGGACCCCAAGUACGGUGCUUUUUCAAUCGAUGACCGAACGCGCAUGGCAUGGUUCGUCCCCGGCUCGGUUGUGGAGGAGUGGAAGUUUGAGUUGAUGGGCGUUCUCGUAUCUCUGGCAGUGUACAACGGCCUCACGCUUCCCGUCACAUUCCCCAGGGCCCUGUACCGGAAACUGCUGGGAGAGCCGGUGGAGGAGCUCUAUCACAUUGCUGACGGGUGGCCUGCGCUGGCCAGCGGGCUGAUGAGUCUGCUGGAGUGGAAUGAAAAGGACGGCCAGGUUGAGGAUAUCUUUGCGCGCACUUACGAGUUUUCCGUAUCUAACAUUGGGGGCAAUGUGACACGAGAAAUGACUAAGGAUGUGGUACAGUGGCCGCAGAACCUCGACUGGAAGAUGCGCAUCAAUGUUCCCGAAGAGUCGGUCGAUGAUCGAGAGGCGCCGCUGGUAACCAACGACAACCGCGAUCAGUAUGUGAGCGACUAUAUCCGCUACCUGACUGACGUCUCGGUCCGACCGCAGUACGAGGCAUUUGAGCGCGGCUUCAACAGCUGUCUCGAGUACAAAUCGCUCUCCCUGUUGAGCCCCCAGAUUCUGCAGUCCCUCGUCGAGGGCGUGCAGGAGAUUGAUAUUUCGGAGCUUCGGCGAUAUACUCGUUAUGUGGGAUGGGAUGCUUCCCACCACACGGUUAGAGAUUUCUGGUCCAUUGUUAAGCGAUAUGAUGACAGAAUGAAGCGCAAGCUGUUGGAAUUCGUCACCGCUUCGGACCGCGUCCCCGUCGGGGGCAUGCGCAACCUGCAAUUUGUGGUGCAGAGGAAUGGUGAUGGCGAGGAUAGUGGGAAUCGUCUGCCCACCGCGUAUACAUGCUACGGAACACUCCUUUUGCCGGACUACAGAGACAAGGACAUGUUGAGGCAGCGGCUUACUAUGGCGCUUGAAAAUGCGCAGGGAUUCGGCUUUGCAUAAAAGGGGAAAAGCCUUGACUCUUUUUCUUUUGUUUCAAGCGGGCUCUUCAUUCUUACUACUUUUUUACUAUAUAAGCGUUUGAGUUUGGCUAUUGGAAUUGGAGCGAUCAUUCGGGUUUAGAAUUUGUGCUGGAAGCAAGUUUAUUGAUUGCAUUGGGUACUCGUGAGCUUACAUCUAUACCUAUAUACUUAUUUGUAUAUACUAUACGCAGCUGGUCUGGGAACUGUUUUUCGUUCUUCUUUUGGAAACGCUCAUUGAUAUUUACAUGGACCAGACUGCACACUUUGUAAUGUAGCUAAAAAAAAACAUACAAUAAUCAAUUCAUCUC